AUGUCUGGCCCUUACCCAGAAGAGGAGUUACCUGCCAAUCAUACAGGUCCUAAAGGAGUAAUCAAUGACUGGCGUCAGUUUAAGUUGGACAGUGUGGAUCAGUCUGCUCCUGUAAGCAAGAGAGAGCUUCUCAGACAAAUGUCAAGCACACGAGAAGAUGACAAGGAGAGAUCGCAAAGAAAGAUGAGUGUUCAGGAGUACGAACUGAUCAAAGAAGAGGAUGAACGUUGCCUCAAACACUACAGAAAACAAUGCAUGAAGGAAAUGCAUGAACGCCUGAGUUUUGGUCCAAAGUUUGAAGCGGUCUACGAGCUGGAGAGUGGAGAGGCGUUCCUGGAAGUUAUAGAAAAGGAGCACCGGCUGACCCUUGUGAUAGUGCACAUUUACCAGCAUGGUGUUAAAGGCUGUGAGCAGUUGAACUCAUGUCUGGACUGCCUGGCCUCCGAGUAUUCCAGCAUUAAAUUUUGUCGAAUUGAUGCUGUGGCAACAGGCGCUGCCGAGCGCUUCUCCUCUGAGGUCCUUCCUGCUCUGUUGGUCUAUAAAGCUGGUGAAUUACUUGGUAAUUUCCUGGCAGUUACCAAACACUUCAGUGACGAGUUCUUUGCAACAGACGUGGAGGCUUUCCUCAAUGAUUAUGGCCUGAUACCUGUGAAGGAACUUGCAGCCUGUGCGGAUGUUGAUGACGAGGGAGGGGACGUUGAAUAAGUCCAUGAGGAAAGAGGAAUACAACAGAGAUCGAGAGAAGAGGGAAUGGUGCAGGGUAGGGGAUAAAAGCAGUACACACUAAAACUUGAUAUUUUAUCCAGAUGAGGCGGAAGUAACAACAAAAUCUUUGGUAUAAAUCCUGAAAAUGAGUUAAGUUAUUGAUUCAUUUGAUUUCUGAACCCUGGAUGAAUUAGUGAUACCUGGCAUAAUAAAACAAAACAUGAUCAUUCAGUGCAGCCAUGGCACCAAAACAAGGGGCACAAUUAGGACCAUGCCAGAACUUUUCUAAACUUUAUUAUUUAGCUUGUCAUCCUUUAUUAUUUCAGACAGUAGACUACAUUUCAUAAACAGAGUCAAAAGACAAAUAUGUUUGCUAGUUGACAGAUGUCUCCCCCUGUGAUAACAGUGAACAAAACAACCCAAUGUAAAGCAUGUCAAUAACAGUGAACAAAACAACCCAAUGUAAAGCAUGUCAAUAACAAAACAACCCAAUGUAAAGCAUGUCAAUAACAGUGAACAAAACAACCCAAUGUAAAGCAUGUCAAUAACAAAACAACCCAAUGUAAAGCAUGUCAAUAACAGUGAACAAAACAACUCAAUGUAAAGCAUGUCAGUAACAGUGAACAAAACAACCCAAUGUAAAGCAUGUCAAUAACAGUGAACAAAACAACCCAAUGUAAAGCAUGUCAAUAACAAAACAACCCAAUGUAAAGCAUGUCAAUAACAGUGAACAAAACAACUCAAUGUAAAGCAUGUCAGUAACAGUGAACAAAACAACCCAAUGUAAAGCAUGUCAAUAACAAAAUAACUCAAUGUAAAGCAUGUCAAUAACAAAACAACUCAAUGUAAAGCAUGUCAAUAACAAAACAACCCAAUGUAAAGCAUGUCAAUAACAAAACAACCCAAUGUAAAGCAUGUCAAUAACAGAGAACAAACAACCCAAUGUAAAGCAUGUCAAUAACAAAACAACCCAAUGUAAAGCAUGUCAAUAACAAAACAACCCAAUGUAAAGCAUGUCAAUAACAGAGAACAAACAACCCAAUGUAAAGCAUGUCAAUAACAAAACAACCCAAUGUAAAGCAUGUCAAUAACAGUGAACAAAACAACCCAAUGUAAAGCAUGUCAAUAACAGAGAACUAACAACCCAAUGUAAAGCAUGUCAAUAACAGAGAACAAACAACCCAAUGUAAAGCAUGUCAAUAACAAAACAACCCAAUGUAAAGCAUGUCAAUAACAGAGAACAAACAACCCAAUGUAAAGCAUGUCAAUAACAAAACAACCCAAUGUAAAGCAUGUCAAUAACAGUGAACAAACAACCCAAUGUAAAGCAUGUCAAUAACAAAACAACCCAAUGUAAAGCAUGUCAAUAACAAAACAACCCAAUGUAUAACAUGUCAAUAACAAAAUAACUCAAUGUAAAGCAUGUCAAUAACAAAACAACUCAAUGUAAAGCAUGUCAAUAACAGAGAACAAACAACCCAAUGUAAAGCAUGUCAAUAACAAAACAACCCAAUGUAAAGCAUGUCAAUAACAGUGAACAAACAACCCAAUGUAAAGCAUGUCAAUAACAGAGAACAAACAACCCAAUGUAAAGCAUGUCAAUAACAAAACAACCCAAUGUAAAGCAUGUCAAUAACAGUGAACAAACAACCCAAUGUAAAGCAUGUCAAUAACAGUGAACAAACAACCCAAUGUAAAGCAUGUCAAUAACAAAACAACCCAAUGUAAAGCAUGUCAAUAACAAAACAACCCAAUGUAAAGCAUGUCAAUAACAGUGAACAAAACAACCCAAUGUAAAGCAUGUCAAUAACAAAACAACCCAAUGUAAAGCAUGUCAAUAACAGUGAACAAACAACCCAAUGUAAAGCAUGUCAAUAACAAAACAACCCAAUGUAAAGCAUGUCAAUAACAGUGAACAAAACAACCCAAUGUAAAGCAUGUCAAUAACAAAACAACCCAAUGUAAAGCAUGUCAAUAACAGAGAACAAACAACCCAAUGUAAAGCAUGUCAAUAACAAAACAACCCAAUGUAAAGCAUGUCAAUAACAAAACAACCCAAUGUAAAGCAUGUCAAUAACAGAGAACAAACAACCCAAUGUAAAGCAUGUCAAUAACAAAACAACCCAAUGUAAAGCAUGUCAAUAACAGUGAACAAAACAACCCAAUGUAAAGCAUGUCAAUAACA